CACCAAACGGACCCUGACCGGCUCGUCCGGUGACUGAAACCAAAGUACACAUUUUCUCUCUUUACCUCGGUCGUAAAUACUCUUGAAGUUGCUUUAAAUUCUUCUUCUCUCGACUCCUCGAUCACCGAUCACUCGUUAUCGUCAAGGUGCUGGAAUCAAUGAAGACCAGCAGCAGGAGUAAAGGGACUGUGAGAAAGGAAACAAAAGAAGCAUUGAAGCCUGUAGAUGAUAGGAAGUUGGGGAAGAGAAAGGCGGCGGUCAAGGCAGAUAAAAAGCCAGCUAAGAAGGGGAAGGCAGCUAAGAAAGACCCAAACAAGCCCAAGAGGCCUCCGAGUGCCUUCUUUGUGUUCCUCGAGGAGUUUAGGAAGACUUUUAAGAAGGAAAAUCCUGAUGUCAAGGGCGUCUCAGCCGUUGGGAAAGCUGGUGGAGAGAAGUGGAAAUCCAUGAGUGCAGCUGAAAAAGCUCCAUAUGAAGCUAAAGCUGCUAAAAAGAAGGCCGAGUAUGGAAGUCUUAUGGACACCUACAACAAGAAGCAGGAAAGCUCUGCUGAUGAAGGUGGCGAAGAAUCUGAGAGAUCAAAAUCUGAAGUUCAUGAUGACGAUGAUGAGAGUGGGCAGGAAGAGGAAGAUGAGGGAGAUGAGGACGAGGAAGAAGACGAUGAUGAUGAUGAUUGAGGUUGGAGUCGAACUUGGGCUUUUUUUGUGUGCCUGAUCGAUGGCACUGAUGCUGGAUAUGUAUGCUUAUACUUUUAGCUUAAGUUUGGAAUCUUAAUGGAUUGCCCGUAUCUUUUGUAAUAUGUAUUACGUAAUUCUCAUGCCAGAACAACUCAAAACUCCGUGUGGGCUUGUUUGUUAGUUCUUUUACUGCCCAGCAAAUUUUAAGAACAUAUAUACAUCUUACACCGUAGCUAGUAUGUCGAUGAACGGUUUCUUAGUUUCUAGAACUAUCUAUUUAUUUA